GUCACGAUUUAAAACUCUCCCUCUCUCUCUCCAAAGCAGUCGCCGUCUUUGAUCAGUCUGUGCACCCAUCGCCUCCUGAUGUUUCUGCAAAACCCGUCAUCAGCAUGAGAAUGAGAGCCAGACCAUAACCCACCUACAGCACCAUAAAUUGUUGCGGAAAGAUCUACAAAGCAUAGGGCCAUGCAUGGUAUUCUCCAAUGACAUGAUGGCCUUCGCACCAUCUCAUAGUUUCAAUUUCCAAAGUCAAGGAGAUGGUCAAGAUCACCUCCCUUCCUGCAACACCCUCCGCGCAUGUCUUCCUCAACAAUACUAUCACGGUGGUGCGCCUUCCUUGAUGAAGAGAUCGAUGUCGUUUUCGGGCAUUGACAACAAGUGUGAAGAAGUGCAUGGAGAUGAUGAGUUGUCAGAUGAUGGAAUACAGAUUGGGGAAAGGAAGAAGAGGCUGAGUUUAGAACAGGUAAAGGCGCUUGAGAAGAGCUUUGAAUUGGGAAACAAGCUGGAUCCAGAGAUAAAAGUGCAGCUGGCUAAAGCUUUGGGCCUGCAACCAAGACAGAUAGCUAUAUGGUUCCAAAACAGGAGGGCUAGGUGCAAGACCAAGCAAUUGGAGAAAGACUAUGAGGUCCUGAAGAAACAGUUUGAAUCCCUCAAGGCUGACAAUGAUGCUCUUCAGGCCCAGAACAAGAAGCUUAACGCAGAGUUAUUGGUUCUAAAAAGUAAAGACCAGACAAAUGAAGCCGGGUUUAAAAGCAUGAAGAAGGAAAUCGAGUAUUCUUGGAGCAAUGGGAGUGAGAAUAGUUAUGAUAUCAACUUGGAUAACUCAAGAACACCGAUAACGAAUGGCCUAAUAUCUUUACAAUUAAGCAGUAAGAACCUCUUCCCCUCAUCCCUUACAAGGCCUACAAGCAUGCCCCAACUCCUCCAAAACUCAUCAAGAUCCGACCACUUCCAAUGGGUGAAAACUGGCCAUAUGACUCAAGAAGAAAGCCUCAGCAACAUGUUCAACAACAUCGAAGACCAGCAUGAUUUUUGGCCGUGGCCCGAGCAGCAGCAUUUCCAUUGAAGCAAGCUUCUCAAACAAUUGACACUCCAAAAUUUACGCGCUUCAUUUAAGGGCGCCUGGGUCUUUUAAUUUAUGUUGUAUAGAUUUGAAAUAUCUAGCUGCUCCAAUUUCAAGUGUGCUGGAAAUCAGUUUGGGAGAGCGAUCAAACUCUGAAAAACACACUAUGUUUUUCUUCAUUUUCUGGAUUUUGAUACAUAAGCUAGGUUGAGUGGGUUUCCAGCUCUGGCAUGUAGGCUAUGAAAUAAAAAAACAUGAGUUUUUAA